AUGGCUCGCCACGAGGUUUUUGAUGGACCCAUCUCCGAGAGUAUUCCAUCAAGUGUCGUUUCUUUCUCUCAUCGUCGCAACCGGAAGGACUCGGUGGUCAGUUUUACGUACUUUCGUGAUGAAGAGGACUUUGUGGAGUGGCCAGAUGAAGAUGCUGUGGACGCUGAAAGCGAAGCCGAUAAUUUGGUCGUAGGUGAUGUUAGCCCGCCAAAUGGAUCUCUCAGAUCGUCAUUCAGGUCAAAACGACCAUCAUGGUCUAGAGGUUCCGCUGAAGACCCCCUCCUCCGCGGCCGGCACCUUUCUGUUAGUUCGUAUGCACAGGACCGACGAUUUGAUAGCAGGCUCAACCAGAAAGUAUAUAUUGAAUCGGAGGAUUUAACGCUUGUGAUAGCCGGGUUUUCAACCAAAUUCUCUGGCUUAGUUCUAUACUCUCUGUUAUGUGUCCUCUCCCUUGGCUUCGCUUAUCUUAUUUUUCGAUGGUUUCCAAGAUGGCGAGUACGAUUGACAGGGAAACCCACGCCACUUCGCAUUUGUCAAUGGGUUGCCAUUGAGACGGUUCUCGCUAUACCUAAAACUUUACAGGACCAAUGGAAUCAAUUUAGCGUAUGUCAGGUUCGCAGUCAAGCUUAUGGGCGUCCACUUUCUAGCGUAUUUGCAGACCCAGACAGUCAUUCCUUUGACGAAGAAAAUGACCCCACGAUCUCGUUCUUACGAUAUAUUAACUGUAGAUACCUUCGGUUCUUUUAUCAUCCUCUGGAAGAUAAGUUCUGCCUAAUAAGUGGUUGGAAAGAUCCUUUGUGGACAAAUGCGAAAGUGAUGCGAAGCGGACUAGAUGCCGAUGAUCGUGAUAGUCGAGAGCAGAUUUUCGGCAAGAAUCUUGUUGACAUUCAGCAGAAACCAUUGUUUCAGCUUCUCAUAGAUGAAGAGUUCUUACCAGUAAAGGCCUUUCACCCAUUUUAUAUCUUUCAACUUGCGAGCCUCAUUCUGUGGUCUUUGGAUGAAUAUUACUACUAUGCUAUUUGUAUAUUCAUUAUCUCCGUUUUCAGCAUUGGUGCAACAAUAAUUGAGACCAAGUCUACUAUGAGUCGCCUGAGGGAGAUCUCCUUGUUUGAGUGUGACAUACGUGUGCUUAGGAAUGGAUUUUGUGAGUUGGUGCCUUCACAUUUUGUCGGUCAGUUACUGACUUCUUACGCGACAGGGAGGUCUGUUCCCUCUCGAGAACUUGUGCCGGGAGAUGUAUUCGAAUUCUCCGAUCCAUCACUUAGCCAAGUCCCUUGCGACUGCAUCUUAUUGUCAGGUGACUGCAUCGUAAAUGAGAGCAUGCUCACAGGACCAGGUGAAUCCGUUCCUGUGUCCAAAACCCCAUUAACGGACGAUGCACUCAAGUAUCUCAAUCUCAACACCCCCUCUGUUCAUCCAAACAUAGCAAAACAUUUUCUUUUCGGUGGUACAAAGGUCAUUCGAGCACGGCGCCCUCAUAAUGUUGAUGAUGACGAUGCCAUUGCUUUAGCAAUUGUCGUCCGAACGGGGUUUCUGACAACAAAAGGCGCGUUGGUUCGCUCCAUGCUUUUCCCAAAGCCUUCUGGCUUCAAGUUCUAUCGAGAUUCAUUGGGUUAUAUAUCGGUUAUGGCAAUGGUCGCUAUUUUAGGAUUUGUGGCCUCCUUUUUCAACUUUGUCCGACUAGGUCUCUCAUGGCAUUUGAUCAUUGUCAGAGCCCUCGAUUUGAUAACAAUCAUUGUUCCACCUGCUUUGCCUGCUACGCUGACAAUUGGUACGAACUUUGCGAUUUCGCGGUUGAAAAACCAGAAGAUUUUUUGCAUUAGUCCGCAAAGCUGCGCUAAGCUGGUCUGUAGGGUAAACGUGGGGGGUAAAUUAGACGUGAUUUGUUUUGACAAAACAGGGACCUUAACGGAAGAUGGAUUGGAUGUUCUUGGGGUGCGGACUGUAAAUCGAGAAAUGGGGUUUGUCAUACUCGAUUUAUACUCGGACGUGACUCUAGGGUCUCCCGCAGCUUCAACAUGUGACACUUCUUACGACCGCAAGAAGCGUGAUGUUUUGACCUACAUCAUGGCCACGUGCCACUCGUUGAGAGUCGUGGACGGCGAGCUUCUAGGUGACCCUCUCGACGUGAAAAUGUUCCAAUUUACUGGCUGGUCUUACCAGGAAGGCGGCAGCCAUGGUCCUGAACAGCCAGGUUCCAAAUUUGAAACAAUAAUGCCUUCCAUUGCAAAGCCACCUGCCAUUUCAGAGAAUCUUCGCCGGGGCAAUUUCACUGCACCACUUGAACUUGGUAUUUUACGAAAUUUUGAAUUUGUCUCUGAACUUCGACGCGCGAGCGUUAUUGUAAGACAAUUUGGUGACAAUGGUGCUAGCAUUUUCGUCAAGGGUGCACCAGAAAGCGUCAGAGCCAUAUGUCUUCCAGAUAGUCUGCCUCAAGACUUUGAAGAUCUACUGAACCAGUACACCCACAAAGGCUAUCGUGUCAUUGCUUGCGCCGCUAGAUACGAACAGAAGUUGAGCUGGAUGAAAGUGCAAAAAAUGACUCGUGGAGAUGCAGAAAGUGAUCUGGAAUUCAUAGGCUUCAUUAUAUUUGAAAACAAGCUGAAACCGACAAGUACCGAGACUAUUGCUGAACUGAACCAAGCAGGAAUACGGACCGUCAUGUGCACAGGAGACAAUAUCCUUACUGCAAUUAGUGUCGCCCGUGAGUGUGGCAUGGUCAGCAAAAGUGAGCAAUGCUUUAUACCGCACAUUGUAGAAGGUCGUCCUCAUGAUUUGGUAGCUUCACUUUGCUGGGAGAAUGUAGAUAAUCCAGCAUUGAAGCUUGAUCCAAACACACUGAUGCCUUCCGUAGCCUCAUCGGAUUUGGACUUAUCUAUACCUGUAAAUGUCUUCAAUAUACAUAAUUUCUCGCUUGCGGUCAGCGGAGAAGUAUUUAGAUGGGUUUUGGACUUUGGCGAUGAGACUAUACUUCAACGAAUGCUCGUGCGUACCAAAGUGUUCGCAAGAAUGUCACCUGAUGAAAAACACGAACUUGUGGAGAAACUUCAGUCACUUGAUUAUUGCUGUGGCUUUUGCGGUGAUGGUGCCAAUGAUUGUGGCGCGUUGAAAGCUGCAGACGUUGGAAUAUCGCUUUCUGAUGCCGAGGCAUCUGUGGCUGCUCCGUUCACAAGUCGCCAAUUUGAUGUAUCCUGCGUGCCAACUUUGAUUAGGGAAGGGAGAGCCGCUUUAGUUACAAGCUUUUGUUGCUUCAAAUAUAUGAGUCUCUACUCUGCUAUUCAAUUUUCCACUGUCAGUUUUUUGUACACGUCAGCGUCGAACUUAGGUGAUUUUCAAGUACGCAUCAGAAGAAUGCAUAUUGUGAUACAGCUCGACUCGGACACUAGAAGAACGAUAUAUGGUGAUUACAAUAAUCUUCAUGCUGACCUAUCUUUCAAAGUGGGAUGGACAGGUCCCUACCCCGUACUCUCUCGGAAACGCCCAACUGCCGAUCUUGUCUCGCGAAAGGUGCUGACGCCAUUACUCGGCCAAAUCGUGAUUUGUAUACUGGUUCAACUUGUGGCCUACAAAGCCGUCCAGUCACAGCCAUGGUAUGUUAGCAUUUGCAGUUACUUCGAACGGUUCGAACCCCCAGAGAUCGAUUUGGAUAAUAGUAAUAUUGAGAACUCUGAGAACACCACCCUGUUCCUGGUCUCGUGCUUUCAGUACACGCUAGCAAGUGUUGUUCUCAGCGUGGGACCUCCAUUCCGGGAGCCUAUGAGAUCAAAUAGAGCCUUCAUCUCUGUGGUUAUAAUAGACUUAAUCAUCUCAUGUUAUAUGCUCUUCAGGCCCUCUAGAUGGGUAGUGCAGAUUAUGCAGUUGACAUUUCUAUCAGGGAAUUUCGCUGGUUCGCUCCUUGCACUUGCUGUGAGCAGCUUCAUUUUCUCUUGCAUCGCGGAGCGUGCACUUUUCCCGGGUCUUGCUCGGGCCCUAGGGCGAGCCUACGUACUCUUACGGCCAGGCCAUCACAAAAAGCGCCGUCAAUACAAGGUGCUUCUGGAGGAAAUGCAAAAGUAA